UUCUGGUUUGCAAGUUAAAACAGGUGAGUCACUUUUUCAGACACACCUGUUUUUCACACAGCCUUUGUGGACUGAACAAAGAAGUGUAAGCCUUCUACAGUAUGUAAGCUGUGUGUGCGUUUCUUUCUCAGUAAAAUGGCAGAAGCAAAUAUUCCAGUGGCACCGCUUCAGGUCAGUUGUUCGGUCUGUCUGCAUCUACUCAAAGAUCCAGUUACUCUUCCCUGUGGACACAGGGUCUGUAGGAUCUGUAGUAUUCGCUGUUUAGAUCAGGAGAAUCAGAAGGGAGUCUAUAGCUGCCCUCAAUGUAAACUCCAAGCUUUCACUCCAAGGAACGUUAUGAGUAACACUGCUCUGGAUGAAGUAACAGAGAAUCUACUUAAAACAACUUUUCAAUUUUCUUCUCCUGUUUUCUGUAAAACUCACAAUUUGUUUAACAAGCACAAUCCAUUCGGAGUCUCCAGACGACAACAAGAGCAGAUCUGCUUUCAGCAUAACAAACUGCUGGAUGUUUACUGUCGCACUGACCAGCAGAGUAUCUGCAUGUCGUGUACCAUGGAUCAACAUAAAGGACACGAUACAGUAUCAGCUGCAGAAGCACAAGCUGAGAUACAGGUGCAGUUGUUGCAGAUGCAGGAUAAAUCCAAGCAGUGUAUCCAGAACAGAGAGAAUGAGCUUCAGAAAGUAAAAAGUGCCGUGGAGUCUUACAAGCAAUCUUCACAAGCAGCUAUACAGGAAGGUGACAGAUUCUUUGCUGAGCUGAUCAAAUCCAUGGAGAGAAGACACUAUGAGCUGACAUGCCUGAUAAAAUCUCAAGAGUCUGCUGCAGUAAGUCAGGCUGAGGAAAUCAUGAAGGAACUGGAGCAGGAGAUUGCAGAGUUGAGGAGGAGAGACGCUCAGAUGCUGGAGCUCUUACACACAGAGACUCCUGUGCAUUUCCUUCAGAAUUUUCAGUCUGUCUCAGCUGCCCUUGGAUUUGCAGGUUUGCGCACCAUCACAUACAGUGCUCCCACUGCUUUUGAUCAACUACUGAAGACCCUGUCUUUAGUGAAAGAGCAACUAGAAACAUACAUCACAACUGAGUUUGGGAAGGUAGCAAAUCAAGAUGCGCCUUUUUCUUUUGCAUCUGAUUCUCUAAGGUCAUUUACAUUUGCAGACUUGGCAAGGAGUUCUAGUGGAUUUGCAUUCAAAAAGAAUGACUCAUCUUUUUCCUGGGCUAAUGAUAGGACAACAGUCUUUGGUGCCAAAUCAACAGCUUUCCAAAAUGAGAAGGAAGACCAUAAUGGCAGUGUUCAACAAAUGUCCCUAUCUAAUUUGACAUUUAAGUCUGAUGAAGAAGAUAUGGAGAAGGUUCUUUUCAAUCAGAAGGUAACACUGUUCAAACAGAAUCAGGAUGAUGGCCAGUGGAAGCAUCAUGGAGAUGGUGAUCUAAAGAUCCUUUCAGUGAAAAAGCACUACCAGGUCCUGAUGAUGUGUGACAGGAUCUUAAAUAUGUAUGUUAACCACUUUAUCACCAAGGACAUUGAGAUAAAGUUUUUAAACAUAUCGGCACACACACUUUUUUGGACAGCUAUCAACUAUGCAGAGAGCAUCGCUAAGGUGGAACAGCUUGCUGCCAAAUUCACAACACCUGAAUCUGCUGAAUCCUUUAGGAAAAUCUUUACAGAUUGUCAGAGGAUGAUGAUGUAACUAAGAAGAAUAUCUUGGUUGGAAGAGUAUCUACAAGGACAAGUUGUAGGAUGAGAAUUUUGAAGUGUGCCUAACAGGACCUCUACUGUUCAUGGCCAUUUGUGGAAGACACACAAACACCUUGAAGAAGUCCCAUCAUUCGGACAUUUAAUAUGUUACCUUUGGGUUAGUCAAAAAUAUGGUGAAGGAAAUUAAAGGGCUGGGAUCUGAUAAAUACAGAUGUUUUCUCUAUAUAAAUGUUUGAAAUGUAUAAAAGUAUAUUACAAAUUAUGAAUGUAUAAAAGUGUAAUAAAUUUAAGUUAUUUUAAAGACGAUACAAGUGAUGUUACGCCAUUAAAAUGUCAUUUAUGAUUUUGUUUAAUCUUUUUAUCCUAAGAAAACAAACAAGACAAGUGAUGUUUACCCUGUUUUAAUAAUAUCCACUAUACAAUAGACUCUACCAUUCAAUUUAAUUUAAUUAUAUUAGUAAUGUAACAAUAUGCGUUGUUGCAAACAGCUUUUUAAAGAUUCAAAUUCUGUAAAUAAAUAAAAAAAAAUGUAAAAAAAAAAUAUACCUUCAUCAAUUUGUCAUAUAGGGAGAGAGUAAAAUCCUGGUAAACCUCAUAUGGAA